AUGGACUACAAGCGACAAAAUGAGCAGACCACGGCGCAGGUAAAGCCCCGUAUCAUUAUUCACGGCGGCGCUGGCAACAUCACACCUGAGAAGUUGGGGUUGCAGGGAUAUAGACAAUACCGGAAUGCGCUUCUAACCAUUGUCUCGAGAACGGAUUUGUACAUGCGCACCCCAAUCCCAGCAAAUGAGAAUGAGAAUCCUUACUCUUCCACAACUAAGUUUCCUUCGGCGCUCGACAUUGCAACAUACGCUGUAAAGCUACUUGAAGAUAACCCGCUCUUCAAUUCGGGCCAUGGUGCUGUUUUCACACGUGAUGGUAUCAACGAAAUGGAUUCCUCGGUCAUGGUAUCGAGGGGAUUUGCUAAGCGUGGUGUGGGGUUGACGGGAAUGCGCAGAGUCAAGAAUCCCAUUUUGCUUGCCAAGGCAAUGUUGGAACAUGGCGACCAGGAUCUAUCGAAUCUGGCGAGAAGGGCCGAAUUAAACUCCGACGAUUUGGGGACGACAGAGCUCGAUAUUCCCUCAGCACAAGGCCAUACGCUUCUUUAUGGGCCGACAGCUGAGCAGCUAGCUAAGAAAUACGGGUUGGAAUUGGUGGAUCCCAAGUAUUUCUUCACUCAGAAGAGAUGGGAUGAACAUAUACAGGCGCUGGAAAAGGAGAAGGCAGGAAAGGGCUUGGCAACCUGGAGUGCCGAGGAAUAUCUGCCUCAAGGUACAUGUGGUGCAGUAGCUCUUGAUGCGGAUGGAGUAGUGUGUGCAGCAACUAGCACGGGCGGAAUGACGAACAAGCUGACAGGGCGCGUCGGCGAUACACCCGUAGUCGGUGCCGGCUUCUGGGCUGAGGAAUGGGUCGAAAAGGGCAAUAUCAGCGGCGCAACCCCGAGACCAACUAACGAUGCAUGGCAGAGAUUAAGGACGCGCUUAGAAUUACCGGGACCGAUCGUGGAUUUGUCGUCCGGCCUACGAAGGCUCCUCGCUGACUGCCUCCCAACCCCAUUUACAUAUUCGCCGGUUGCGGAAUCGGCGGGUGCUAUUGGUACUGAAUCGGUCUGUCGGAAUGCGCAGACAAGAAGAUCAAUUGCUCUAUCGGGCACAGGCAAUGGUGAUUCUUUCCUGCGAGUAGCCGCUGCUAGGACGGUCGGUUCCGUCGCUCGAUGGGGUGGAUUGUCUGCGGCGGAUGCGUUGCAUCAUGUCGCGGGCGAUGGCGGAGAUUUAGAAGAGAGUGCCGGGGAACGCUGGGGCAAGACAGGAGAAGGAGAAGGCGGUAUGAUCGGUAUAGAGAGUAUCAUCUCGCGAGAUGAAUCCGGCCGCGUGGUUAGUAGCCACGCCAAUAUAUUACAGGACCAUAAUUGCGCUGGUAUGUUUCGGGCCUGGAUUGAUGAUAACGGAUAUGCCGUAAUGCGAAUAUUCCACCCCGAAAACGAAAAAGAGCGUUUAUGUGGGAUGGACAUGCUUGAAGUCGAAGAUGAAGCUGAGGAGGUUUGGCGUUGGUGUAAAGCGUAA